AAAAAAAACAUUCUAUUUAGUGAAGCGACUGCGUAUUGUUUGUGUAUAAUGGCCAAUUUUAAAUACGAUCUGGGCGACGAAAAGGAUCAAGGAUUUCCUAUAUAUCUUGCAGUAUCUUUAAUAGUUUUACUUGGAGGACUGUUUGCAGUGGUUUGGGCUGUUGAUGCGACUUUACCAUUCGCUUUGACGAUUGAGGAUGAAGCUCAAAAGGCGGAUCGUUUUAUUGCUGGUAGGGCUCAGGACCACCUGAAAGGUCUUACAGAUAUAGGACCUAGGGUCGUGGGAAGCGUAGAAAACGAGAUCCUGACGGUGGACUAUUUAAAAAGUAGAAUUGAGGAAAUUUUGAACGAAUGCAAAAACCCAGGAGUGGACAUUGACCACCAAAUACAAUCUGGUGCGUUCUACUUAGAUUAUCGACCUUACGGAUCCAUAAACGCUUACAGCAAUCUGCAAAAUCUCGUUGUUAGAUUACCAGGCGAAGAUGAUACAAAGGAAUCAAUUUUGAUUAACUCGCAUUUCGACACGAUGCCCAAUAGUCCAGGUGGUAGCGAUGAUGGUAUUAUGUGCGCCGUUAUGCUUGAACUCUUAAGGCACAUGUGCAAUGAGCAGUCAAAGUCUAAUUUGAUAUUCCUCUUCAACGGAGCCGAAGAAUCGUACUUACAGGGUUCUCACGCUUUCAUAGCAAAUGAAAACAAGUGGAAUGAUCGAAUAAAAUUGGUAAUCAAUCUCGAAGCCACUGGUGCAGGUGGUAAAGAGAUGUUGUUUCAAGCAGGUCCUCAGCAGUAUUGGCUACUAGAUCAUUACAGUCAAGUGCCUCACCCACACGCGCAGGUCGCAGGAGAAGAGAUUUUCGAAAGUAAUCUGAUACCGUCGGAUACAGAUUUCAGAAUCUUUCGAGACUUUGGGAACACUAUUGGUUAUGACAUGGCUUAUACCAGAAACGGAUACAGGUAUCAUUCGGAAAAUGACGGUUUCGAAAACAUCGACGUCGGGACUUUUCAACAUACCGGAGACAACGUAUUGGCUUUAGUGAGGGCCUUAAGUAAAGUCAGUGUUAUUAGCAAACAAGAUCCCAAUCGCAAACCAAUAUUUUACGAUAUGUUUGGACUCUUUCUGGUAUAUUACGAGGAAAACGUUGAGGUCGCUGUAAACAUCGUCGCAAUUCUGUUAUCUUUAGCUUCUGCAAUUCUAGGAUUCUAUAGAGCUCAGUUGAAAUUUUCAGCGAAAAGUGGAAAAUGCCUAAUAAUUAAUCUAUUGGGAACGAUAGUUGGCUGGCUGUUGGCUUUAGCUUUUGUUUUAGGAAUCGGAGCCAUCCUGGAUGCCGUCAAUAAAACGAUGAGCUGGUACAGAUUUCCAUUCUUCGUAGCUGGUUUGUACGUAAUCCCGGUCUUCCUUGCGCUGAGCUUAACCACAAUGCUCUUAUUGAAAUAUAACAGUUAUGAAAAUCUGAACGGAGACGUUCUCAUUAUUAUACAUAUAAACCGAUUGAUUUGGACGGUAAUACUUUUAGCUGGGACAGCUUUAAGUAUUAGAUCGAGUUACAUUUUAAUCUUCCCCAUUUACUUCACCAGCAUCGCUCUUGUAAUAAUCAAUGUUUUCAAACUAGAAGUUCAAAGAAAAACCUGGCAGAUCGUUUAUGUAAUAUCAACGGUGAUUCCAACGAUGUUUUCCAUGUACAUUGCUCUGGAAGUUUACGGCCUUUUCGUUCCAAUUUGCGGAAGAUCAGGCUCUGAAUCGAAUCCAGAAUUCAUAAUCGGAUUGUUCACUUGGAUAAUAGGGAGUUUCAUUCUCUCAUUCUAUGCAAGUUAUUAAUUACUCAAUUGGUUUAAUUAAUUAAUUUAUUAUUUUCGGUAGGUCCCAAUCGUCUGCAUGG